UUCCUAAUACAAAUACAUAGCUCUUUCCACAACACCACCACUACUUUCUCUUUAAUCAUUGGUUGAAUCAAUGACGAUAUCUGUAUCCUCAUCAAACUCUCCUAAACCACAAAUCAUCACUGAGAUGAGCAAGGAUUUGCCAAGGAUAAUGCCUGUGUCCACAUCCACAUCGUGCAUGUUUAGGGUUUCACUGUGUCAAAAGAUCAAACGACCUAAUACACCAGAGAAAACCAGGAGGAAGAACCAGAAGAAAACAUACAAGAAGAAGAUGAAAGAAGAGAAAGGAAAGAGAGGUUUCAUCAGACCCGGGUUGGUGUUUCCAGUUAAGAAGAUGACUUCUGUAAUUUCCGGUGCCUUCAGACGCAAGAAAACACCCAAAGUUGAAAACAGAGAACAGAGAGAUGAUUCUGAAAGAGAGACUACUGAAGCUGCUAAGAGCAUGGCUGUUGUUAAAGCAAAACCCAAGCAUAUCUUACUUCAGAAGAAGAGUUUUUGGGGAAGCGCAAGAAUUGGACUCAAGAUACUCAUCUUAGGGCCAAGAUUGAAGACGAGAAGAAGAAGAAGAAGAAGAAGAAGACAAAGAAGAAGCGUAAGCUUCAGCGAGGGUAAUGGAGACGAGGAGCUAUGCAAGAAGAGAAUACUAAUGGGUGAAAGAUGCAAACCGAUAAACCGGUCAGGUGUUUUGCAGUAUGAUGGUGAUGGGAUUCUUGUCCCCGAGCCAUGACCAUUGUUAGUAGUCAUAGUACGUUGCUUAUCACAUCUUAAAUAGUCAAGAGUAUGUUUCUUACUUCUUGUCGAGAGAUGCAGAUAUAGUUGUUGUUGUUUUUUUCUUUUUUUA